GCAAAAAAUAACACGCUCACCCAGAGGCAGUGCUCCUAGUAGCUGGGGAUUUUAAUGCAGGGAAACUUAAAUCUGUUUUACCAAAUUUCUAUCAGCAUGUUAAAUGUACAACCAGAGGGGGGGAAAAAAACUCUGGACCACCUUUACUCCACACACAGAGACUCAUACAAAGCCAGGGCUCUACAGUGCGAGUAUUUCACUCACAUAGAAAUAGAUAUGUGCAAAAAUUAUUUACGAGCACAGUGUGUGAGUAAAGAUUACAGUUCACCGUAAUCUAUUUUUCCCCCGCUGCUAAUUGUUUAAAAAUUACAAGUCUCACAAUCCACAUGCGGCAUGCACCAACCACAGUAGAGUUUUAUGUGAUGACGCAGUCCAGUCAGAGUGAGAGAAAGGUGAACAACACUGGAAAAAAGUAUCGGUAUAGGCUUUAAGUUAAAGUGCAGACAUCGCUAAAAAAGAAGCCCAUUCAAUUUUAUUUUAAGCGAGGAGAAAGAGGAAUCUGGUGAGGGGGAUUCGCAAGGUUUCAACUAAUGAAGCCUCUUCACAAGGUUUAUCUGAGGCGGCAAACGUUGACAUGGUGGCUAACUUUAGAGAUGCUGAGAACAUUAGCGAACCUGCUGAGAACAACGUUAGUGAAGAUACCGGGUCCCCCGCUGUAAGUUCAACGUCCACUGUAGCCAGCGGAGGGAUAAUAUAUACAGUUGAAGUCUGAAGUUUACAUACACUUAGGUUGGAGUCAUUAAAACUCAUUUUUCGACCACUUCACAAAUUUCUUGUUAAUUAACAAACUAUUGUUUUGGCAAGUCGAGUUAGGACAUCUACUUUGUGCAUGACAAUUUUUCCAGAAAUUGUUGACAGACAGAUAAUUUCACUUAUUAUUCACUGUAUCACUAAGUUGACUGUGCCUUUACAUAGCUUGGAAAAUUCCAGAAAAUUAUGUCAUGGCUUUAGAAGCUUCCGAUAGGCUAAUUGACAUAAUUUGAGUCAAUUGGAGGUGUACCUGUGGAUGUAUUUCAAGGCCUACCUUCAAACUCAGUGCCUCUUUACUUGACAUCAUGGGAAAACCAAAAGCAAUUAGCUAAGACCUCAGAAAAAAAAUUGUAGUCCUCUACAAGUAUGGUUCAUCCUUGGGAGCAAUUUCCAAAAGCCUGAAGGUACCAUGUUCAUCUGUACAAACAAUAGUACGCAAGUACAAACACCAUGGGAACACGCAACCGUCAUAACGCUCAGGACGAAGACACGUUCUGUCUCCUGGAGAUGAACGCAUUUUGGAGCGAAAAGUGCAUAUCAAUCCCAGAACAACAGCAAGGGACCUUGUGAAUAUGCUGGAGGAAACAGGUACAAAAGUAUCUAUAUCCACAAUAAAACGAGUCCUGUAUCGACAUAACCUGAAAGGCCGCUCAGUAAGGAAGAAGCCACUACUUCAAAACCGCCAUAAAAAAGCCAGACUACGGUUUGCAACUGGACAUGGGGACAAAGAUUGUACUUUUUGGAGAAAUGUCCUCUGGUCCGAUGAAACAAAAAUAGAACUGUUUGGCCAUAAUGGCCAUCGUUAUGUUUGGAGGAAAAUUAGGAGGCUUGCAAGUCGAAGAACACCAACCCAACCGUGAAGCACGGGGGUGGCAGCAUCAUCUUGUGGGGGUGCUUUGCUGCAGGAGGGACUGGUGCACUUCACAAAAUAGAUGGCAUCAUGUGGAAGGACAAUUAUGUGGAUAUAUUGAAGCAACAUCUCAAGACAUCAGUCAGGUAGUUAAAGCUUGGUCGCAAAUGGGUCUUCCAAAUGGACAAUGACCCCAAACAUACUUCCAAAGUUGUAGCAAAAUGGCUUAAGGACAACAAAGUCAAGGUAUUGGAGUGGCCAUCACAAAGCCUUGACCUCAAUCUCAUAGAAGAUUUGUGGGCAGAACUGAAGGUGUGUGCGAGCAAGGAGGCCUACAAAUUUGACUGAUUUACACCAGCUCUGUCAGGAGGAAUGGGCCAAAAUUCACCCAACUUAUUGUGGGAAGCUUGUGGAAGGCUACCCGAAACGUUUGACCCAAGUUAAACAAUUUAAAGGCAAUGCUACCAAAUACUAAUUGAGUGUACGUAAACUUCUGACCCACUGGGAAUGUGAUGAAAGAAAUAAAAGCUGAAAUAAAUCAUUCUACUAUUAUAAUGACAUUUCACAUUCUUAAAAUUAAGUAGUGAUCCUAACUGACCUAAGACAAUUAUUUUUUACUAGGAUUAAAUGUCAGGAAUUGUGAAACUGAGUUUAAAUGUAUUUGGCUUAGGUGAAUGUAAACUUCUGACUUCAACUGUAGAUUCAAAGUGAAUUGGCUCAAAAUGUUCCCAUGGCUAGAGUUAGAAAACAACGUCAUGUUCUGCAAAUAUUGUAGAGGUCAAUCUCCUGGUCAGACAACAGACCCUUGAGCACUCCCAUGCCAUUGGUGUUUUUGGAUGCCACCAAGGCUGCAUUUCUUGCUGUUUGCCCAGAGGAGGAUGGAGGGUCAUGGAAGAAGAAGUGUAUCUCCUUCUUAGCAGAUGGUGCCUCCGUGAACAUGGGCUACCGUGGGGGAGUGAUUGCCCACCUGCAGAGAGAGGCAGGGGGGCAUAUAACCCCAAUCCACUGUAUGCCACAUAGGCUGGAGCUGGCAAUACUGACCAUUCAGAAGAAAGAGCCAAAGGUGUCUGUCGUGUACGUUCUUCUGAAUCCGAUAUGGAAGACAUACCACUUCAGCGGAAAAUCCAAAACGAGAGCUCUAUGUUUUCGGGCAAGAGCUCGGUGUGGAUAUUUGCACACGCCUAGGGUCAAGGGAACUCGCUGGGUCCCCCAUAUCCACAGAGCCCUCAAAGUGUUCCUACAGCAUGGACAAGACAAGGACGUUGCCACUGACGAAUGCCAGUACUCCGUUGUUCUGCAGCACCUGGCCAUAGCAUCAAAAACAGCGGAAGUUCAAUGGAGGGCAAAGAAGGGAAUAACACUGAAGGGGAAUCUGAAAGGCUUCACGGACCUCACCAAUCCCCAGCUGAAGCAGCACGUGGAGGUGGCCAUCAACAUGGGCGUGGAUGAUCUCAAAGCCAGGUUUGGUAGUUUGCUGAAGGAUGAGGGUGUCCAGAUCCCAGUGGAGUCUUUCAGAGUGCUAAACCCUGACACAUGGCCAGGAGACCAGGCCAGCCUUCUCACCUUUGGCGAAGAUGGUGUGUGUGGCAGACCUGAUGAGGCAUUUCAAGGAGCCUCUAGAGAUCGGGGUGCAACAUGGCUGCAAUCCAGGAUGAGUGGCAGGGGCUGAAAAUCCUGGUCAGCCACAAUUUCAAGGACACAUC